AUGUCUCAGUGGUUGCUAGCCCUCCCGCAAAAGCUGGUGUCCGGCGUCGUCAAUCUCCUGGCCACGUCUCUUUACCUAUUGUCGGCAUUUCUCUGCUCGAUAGCGUCUUACCUGGCCCAGGUGGUCCUUUCAUUUUCCACCGUCAUUUUAAUUGCAAUUGUCGUCUCUCUGGCAACCUAUGCCUACAUCCAUUACAGAUACCUGACCGUUUAUUCGCGCCUUCCUGAGGACCCGAAGCGGCAGGAGCCGUCGAUGGACACUUUUCUGGAGACGUCUGGCCGAGAGCGCAAGUCCCGGCAGAAUUAUCUCGACGAGUUCUUGUCUGCAAUAAAGAUUUUUGGGUAUCUGGAGAGCCAAGUUUUCAAUGAGCUGACCAAGAGCAUGCAGACGCAGAAGCUGGACUCUGGGGAGAUCUUGUUUCUGGACGAAAACUCCGGGUUCAUGAUCUGCGUCGAGGGCGAAAUCGAAGUCUUCUGCAAGGUUGGAAGCUCAAAUGACGAGAAUGCGGUGUUCACCAACGAAUCAUCCACCAAUUACGUUAUUGUCGACGAUAUCAAGUACAGACUUCUGAACAAUGUCAAAAGCGGGGCUCCGUUGUCAUCGCUAACUAGUGUUUUGAACCUGCUCACUGCUUCUGAGUUAGAUAUUGCAGAGAGACAGACUUCGGGUAUUUUACCUGUUCCUUCCGAUUUUGACCUGGACAACAAGGUCUUUGCAGACUCUCCAUUGCCACAGCAACCCAGCUUGAAUGAAACGCCAACACUGAUCGCCAUUCCGAAAAACAACUGCACCAUUUCCAUCAUCCCCAAAGACUCAUUUUCGAGACUCGCUUAUAAAUAUCCCAAGGCCACCUCUCACAUUGUCCAGAUGAUUCUCACCAAACUGUACCGGGUCACCUUCCAGACGGUCCACGACUACCUCGGCCUCACCGCAGACAUCAUGCGGACGGAGAUCAACCUUAACAAGCAGUGUUCCAAUGUGCUCCCGUCUUAUCUGUCUAACGUCGUUGUGGAGCGCUUCACGCCACGACUGUCUUCUUACAGCACACUAAACGAGUCGCACUCCUUGCUGAGAAGCAAGAGCUCGAAUUUGAUGAGGUCAGAGCCGAUUCAGCUGGACCCUGGUUCCAGAUCCGUUUCUCCAGGUGGCCCCAUUUCCAUCAACACGGCUCCUAAUUCUUUCAUGGCAUCGCUCAGCUCGGACGCGGACGAAAGCAACCAGAGCGACGAUAUGCUUGCCAUGCGGCGGUCGCGAAUUAAGAUCCGCAGGCCAAGGAGCGAGGCUUCGAGCGCGAGAAACUCGUCGAGACAUUUUUCGUUGGCUGCUCGAAACUCGACUAAUCCUGGAGACCUCGUUUCCAACGUUCCUCUGUCCCAUUUGGACAAGAUGGCAAGUAUUGAAAAGGCAGAUAAGAGCCAUUUGCACGACAGAAUUAUCAACGGUGGAAACGAGGAGCCGGCAGAAAUGGCUGUUCGCGUAGCAAUAGCAGAGAGCAUUUGCGAAAGCAUCGGUGUGGACCGUGGGUCGCUCCAGGUCUCGUCUCCAAGCAGGAUGAGUUUCUCUCCUUCGGUGAUGAGCUCGCCGAUGAUUGCAGGCAUCACCGAAAUGAAUGUAAAACCAAAAGCCAUCGCGAUGGGAACGAAAUCAAAAGUCCGUACAUUUUCGUCGCAUACUCUAGGAACUCCAAAAGAUGAUGAGGACGGAACCACAGGAAGUCAGAAGAGCUUCAUGGAUUUCGAGAACAUCAAAUCUGACCUCGCGAACUCGAUCAAUCUGAAACACGUAUCAGCCGGAACAAAACUGAUUGAGGCCAAUGAGCAUACUCCCGGAAUCUUCUACCUCAUAGACGGAGUUCUGAAAGUGUCUUACAUGAGCGAAAAUACAGACGGAGACUCUACAGAGGAGUUCAUCUACGAGGUCAAGCAAGGCGGCAUUGCUGGGUAUCUGGGAACGUUGAUUGGCUCUAAAUCAUUUGUGAAUGUGGUGGCAGCUGUCGACUGCUAUGUGGCAUUUUUACCUAGAGAAGUCUUCGAGAUCCUGAACGAGCGCUUCCCGUACCUUCAGUUGGCCAUUGCAAAGAACCUGCUGCGCAUUCUCGACAAGCGUCUCCUUUUGGCAGAUUACGCCAUGGAAUGGGUCCACAUUUCUGCUGGUGACUCUCUGUACACCCAGGGAGACCCUGCCCAUGGUAUCUAUAUUGUUCUGAAUGGACGAUUCCGAUCGAUGAGAAGUCCCGAAAAUAAGGAUGGACAGCCUGUCAUAGUGUCAGAGCAUGGACAGGGCGAGUCGCUGGGGGAAGUCGAGGUGCUGACUAAGACCAAGCGGGACCUGACCCUGGUGGCUAUUCGGGACUCUGAGCUCGCUCGCAUUCCACGAAGCCUCUUUGAAAUGAUUGCUCUCAGCAAUCCAUCCAUCAUGGUGAAAGUCACACGGAUUGUCGCAAACAGAUUCAUCCAUAGCAAAGAGCACGAUGGGAAAUUUGAGCUAGCAACGGCCUCGGCUGCAGUCAAAGACGACAACUUCAGCAAGAACUUCAACAACUACCGGACAAUCACCAUUUUACCAAUCACGUAUGGUUUGCCGGUCGUUGAGUUUGGUGAGCGGCUUGCAACUGCGCUAGAAAACGUCAAUAAGACCGCGAAAAUGCUGACCCAGUCCACCGCGCUGAGCCGUCUCGGAAAACAUGCCUUUGAUCAUCUUGCCAAGCUGAAACAGAGUGGCUACUUUUCCGAGCUGGAAGAUAAAUACGACAUUGUCAUCUACGUCGCCGAUACGCCAGUCAACUCCUCCUGGACAAAGACGUGCAUCCAGCAGGGAGACUGCAUCCUGCUUCUAGCGGACUCUCAGCAGCCUCCGGAUAUUGGUGAGUACGAGCGGCUGCUGGUGAAGAACAACACCACGGCCCGCACAGAACUCAUUCUCCUCCAUCCUGAACGAUACGUGGAGCCCGGAUCGACGAACAACUGGCUGAAAAACCGGAUCUGGGUCCACUCGCACCACCAUGUUCAGCUUUCCUUUGCCACAAACUCAAUGCCUCCUGAAGUUGACUUUGGCCCGAUAUCCAAGUCUGCAAACACAAGCAAGCUUCUCACUGCCACUACCGCCAAACUGUCCGCCAAUCUUCGGAACAUGCUGAGUAACAAUGAGUUUCUGCAAAUGAUCAAGCAAACGAGAGAGGCGUUCAAGUCGAAACGAUAUUACCGACCCAUGCAAGAACAUAAAGACGAUUUCAUGCGACUUGCGCGUAUUCUCACCGGACAGGCGGUCGGUCUCGUUCUGGGAGGAGGCGGGGCUCGCGGCAUCAGCCACAUUGGUGUCGUUGCCGCUUUGGAGGAGAAAGGCAUACCUGUGGAUUUCAUUGGUGGCACUUCGAUAGGAGCGUUUGUUGGUGCUCUGUAUGCUCGUGAGUACGACCUUGUUCCGGUUUACGGGAGAGCAAAGACCUUUUCGGGACGCAUGGGCUCUAUAUGGCGCUCGUUGUUAGAUCUAACUAUCCCCUUGACGUCGUACACCACCGGCCACGAGUUCAAUCGCGGAAUAUGGAAGGCUCUGGGGGAUUCCAGAAUUGAAGACUUCUGGAUCAAAUUCUACUGCAACUCCACCAACAUCACGGAGUCUAUCAUGGAGAUUCACACUUCGGGCUACGCAUGGAGGUACGUGCGUGCCUCCAUGUCUCUUGCUGCCCUUUUACCUCCACUAACCGACAAUGGCAACAUGCUUCUCGAUGGAGGCUAUAUCGACAAUUUGACCGUUGAAGAGAUGAAGCGACGUGGAGCACACGCCAUCAUAGCGUGUGAUGUCGGGUCGGAAGAUGACCGGUCCAAGAUGCACUACGGUGAGUCACUGAGUGGUUUGUGGGUGCUGUUGAAUCGCCUGAAUCCGUUUUCAGCUCACCCUAACGUUCCGACCAUGACAGACAUCCAGAUCCGACUGGCAUACGUGGCUUCCGUCAUCGCGCUGGAGAAAUCCAAAAACUCCAAGGAUUGCGUGUAUUUGCGGCCUCCAAUAGAAGGCUAUGCCACGUUAGACUUUUCGAAGUUUGACGAGAUCUACGGCGUGGGGUCUAAGUACGCGGCUGAGGUCCUCACCAAGCUACAAAGCAAGGGCGAGCUCCCAUCCUUCAAAACCAAAAGGCGCGAGUUAAAUAAACACCCGACGCUCCAAAGAAGAAAUUCGAUAUAG